AUGGAGGUUGUCAUGUCUGCAGUUGCAGGUGAAUUUGUGAGCAAGUUCAUCUCAUUUCUGAUGAACAAGUACAACUCCUCUAGGCAUCCUCAAUCAGAGGAGGAGAAGGUGGUGGAGAGGUUGCAGCACCUGCUAAUGAGAGCUGGUACAAUGGUUGAGGAGGCAGACACGAGGUACAUAACCAACUCCGGAAUGAUGAUGCAGCUCAAGACGCUCUCAGAGGCCAUGUAUAGAGGAUAUGGUGUGCUGGACAACUCGAGGUACCGUGACCUCCAAGACACCGCAGGCUUCGACGAGGUUAGCAUCAACCACUCAUCUGCAAGCAGCUUAUAUUUACCCAAGCGCUCUCGAACAACAAAUGAUAAGGUUACACGCCUCGAGUCACAUGGUGCGUUGGAAAGUCUAGAAAUUGUUGUUGCUAACAUGGCAGAAUUUAUUGUUCUUCUUGGUGGAUGUGAGCGCAUGUCUCGUAUGCCAUAUGAUGUUUAUCUUUACACCGAAAACUUCAUGUUCGGCCGACACGCUGAGAAGCAAAAGCUCUUCAGCUUCUUGUUGCAACACAACGACCCUCCUAGUGAUCAUGCACUGGCAGUUCUCCCGAUCAUAGGUGGUGUAACAACUGGGAAGAAAACUUUGGUUGCCCAUGUGUGCGGCGAUGAAAGGGUCCGUUCACGCUUCCCAUCUGUAUUGCACUUGAAUGGAGGCAGCCUUUUGAAAAUAUGUGAGCACAGAAGGACUAUGGAAGGUAUGAUGUUGGUAGUUAUUGAGUUUGCUUUUGAUGUAGAUGACGAUCACUGGAAAAAGUUUCACUCGUUUUUCAUAAGAAUGGAUAGAGGAAGCAAGAUCAUCAUCAUAAGUAAACUUAAAAGAUUAGCCCGGUUUGGAUCGGUGAAACCAAUUUUCCUUACUGCUCUGUCUUAUGAUGCGUUGAGGUACCUUUUCAAGACACUGGCAUUCGGAAGCGUAGAACCUACAGAACAUCCGCGACUACUACAGAUAGCAGAUGAAUUUGCCAAGUUAAUGCACAGUGCGGAUGGUUCAUUUGUCUCAGCAAAUGUGUACGCAGACAUAUUGAGAAAGAAUCUCGAUGUUCAGUUUUGGCGUUGCAUAUUGGACAAGGUGAUGAGAUAUGUUAAAAGAAACCUCGCCCGAUUUAGUGUGGACCCAGCCAUACAUGUAGAACAAGGCCCUCCAGUGGUUGUAACGGCUAUAGAACAAGGCCAUCCAGUGGUGAUAACAGACCUUGCUUUGGAUCCACUUUGCAUAAUACCUUAUACAAAUAAUGUUUCAAUCAAGGAACUGCCAAGUGUGACGUUUGGGGAACUUCUAACAGACCCUACUGUUAGACCAAACGGAGACUUUAAUCUAAUUUCAUGGAAAUCAAGGAUACCGCCUUAG